AUGAAGCGAACUUAUGAAGAGCCAAGGGACGAUCAACGCGCUAAACUACAUAGAAGAUAUGAGGGCUCUCCUUUGAGUACGAUGGGAUCCCCUGCCUGGGCUGCUUCACCCAACAGACAGACAACAAAGGCCACUCGGCAUUUCAAGGGCUGCUCAAAGAUUACAGACUACGAGUUUCUUGACAAACUGGGUGAAGGUACUUUUGGUGAAGUGCAUAAGGCUAGAGAUAAACAGACGAGCCAACUAGUUGCGCUGAAAAGAAUCCUUAUGCACAAUGAAAAGGAAGGCAUUCCUAUCACAGCUAUUCGAGAAAUCAAGAUUCUAAAGCAACUGUGUCACAAAAACAUUGUGCCAUUGAGCGAUAUUGCUGUCGAGAGAGGUGAUCAGAAUAGAAAGGAAAAGGGCGGCAUUUACAUGGUUUUCCCCUACAUGGAUCACGAUUUAGCUGGUUUACUAGACAAUCCUAAAGUGAGACUCACACAACCUCAAAUUAAGACCUAUCUCAAGCAGUUACUAGAGGGUACAGCCUAUCUUCAUCACAACCGGAUUCUUCAUCGUGAUAUGAAAGCUGCCAACUUGCUCAUCAACAAUGAAGGCAUCUUGCAAAUCGCAGAUUUCGGCCUCGCGCGUGGCAUCGAGGAUGAGAAUAGGGAAUAUACAAAUUGUGUCGUGACGAGAUGGUACAGACCACCAGAGUUAUUUUUGGGCGAAAGAAGAUAUACCAGUGCUAUCGAUAUGUGGGGCGUAGGGUGUGUAUUUGGUGAACUGUUGAAAUCAAGACCUAUUUUACAAGGCCAAGAUGACAUUGAUCAACUGAAAAAGAUCUUCCAACUUUGUGGCUCGCCAAAUCAAGACAAUAUGCCCAACUGGGACAAGUUGCCCGAUGCCAAUAAAGUAAGAUUUGAAGUGACACCUCGUCGUGUCAGAGAGGAAUAUGGGCAUUACGAUGCGCUAGCUGGUGAUUUGAUGGAUAGACUCUUGGCGUUGGAUCCAACAAAGCGUUUGACUGCAUUGGAAGCCUUGGAACAUGAUUAUUUUUAUACAAUUCCACUUCCUGCUGACCCUACAGACUUACCUAAAUACGAGGCAUCCCAUGAAUUCGACAGAAGAAAGGUGAAACGUCGUCAUAACUAG